UCUUUGUUUGUGACCUGGAAAGCUACAGAGAGUUCUUACAGAGCGUCACAUAUCUAGGAUAAUCCAUUGCUUAUACAUUUUUUUAUUUAACUCUAAGAUGUAAAUAUUGUGUUUUGUCUGUUCCUGGAGGCUGUUGCCAUAGCGAUAACCAAAAUCGACUAGUUCGAACAUUUUACUAGUUUCCUGUAUCCAUGGUGACGGGGAGUUUUGUCCAAUCGACUGUUGGUAUUGUGUGGUGGGGAAAUGCAGUGUUUCCUGCUUUUCAAAAGGGCUUCCUCCCAUUGGUACAGGGUGGAAUUCUUUGUUUGUGUCCUGGAAAGCUACAGUGUCCUUACGGUCUUAUGGAGUAUCUUUGGCCAGAACCUUAAAUAAGAAUUUGAGACAACAUGAAGCCUUUUCAAGCAAACUGCUUUGACGCUCAGUGCUGCCUCCAUCCGUCACUACCAACAGUCCUUGAGUAACAGACAUUACACCACCCCUCUGGUGACUGAACCAGGGAACCAUGCAGAGGCCACAGGUUACUGGUGGCACCCCGCUACAGAUCCCACCACAGCCUGUACCCAAGAACAGGCACCCCAUCCUCCUGUACUCCAUCCAACCCUUACUGAGGGAGACAGUUAUCAGUAAGGAAGGCCACCCCCAUCCCCAGCCUGACUCCCCCCAGACCUGUGGCACUCAAGGCGCAGGCCAGAGCUGCUGGAGCCUGGAUGUGAGAGUGGCCGUGCUGCUGGUGAUCGUGGCUGGAGCUCUGAUACUGAUCCUGCUCUACAGACUCCUCCAGCUGAGGCACAGACUGAGGCUGGCCCAGGCUCGACAUGCCCUGGAGUACUACAGUUUCUACCACACCGCCACCUACACCCUCAAGGACCCCAGGCUGCCCCGGAUACUGGCCACGAAUGGAGAUGCUAUAGAGGUCACCCCUGUGGCUAACCCUGUGGCCCCUAUUGUUGUCACCCCAGUACCACCUCCACCGGUCUCCCCACCACCCACUCUUCCCCUCCCUCCACCCCCCAUCUUGUCUCUACCCCCUCGCCUACCUCCCCCUCCUCUACUGCCUCCACCCCUUCUCCCACUCUCUUCCUCACUCUCUCUCCCUCUGCCCCUGCCCAUCAUCCACACCACCCCACCUAGCCCUCACCAGUCCUGGGGCGCCAGCUCGGAUGCAGAGGUGUACUCUCGGAUCGGAGCGUUCAGACCAUCCAGGCUGUCCAGCCUCAGCCACUCACAGGUCAUCCUGUUUGAACAUUCCUCUCUCUGACAUCUUCUCUGGAUAUUCCACAUUAAGAGCAUUCCGCUUUGUGGCUGCUUCUAUCACUUCUGUGAGAAUUCUAUAACCUAUUUUAAUGUUCUGAAUUUCAGAUUUGUGUGUGGGUGUUCUCCCUUGUGAUGAGGUCUUUGAGGAUCAUGAAAGGGAUUCUGUUGAGUUCACUGUUUUAUUAUCCACUCACUGUUGAGUGCAUAGGCUUUGAAAUUUCCUGUUGCUGAAUUGCAAAUGUCCAUUUUAUGGUCCUAUUAAAGUCACAAA